AUGGCGCAUAUUCUUCAGCGCCACGCAAGGCGUAUUGUAGCUCACAGUAGCAGCACGACUCGAUUCUUCAGCUCCUACGCAAACAAAACCCUAUGGUCUUCGAACCAAAUCCUUCAGAGUCGUAUCGAAUCGGCUUUAGAUCAGAAAUCAAAUAUCAGUACAGUGCUUGAGCAAUGGCGUCAACAACAAGGCAACCAACUAAACCCUUCGUUGGUUAGAGGAAUCAUAGAGAAGCUUCACGAUUCAAAGCGAUUUCAUCAAGCUCUAGAUGUAUCAGAUUGGAUGGUCAAACGAAAGAUCUGUAAUCUCGCCCCUGAAGAUCUCACAGCUCGAUUUCAUCUAAUUAAGAAAGUAUUAGGUUUGGAAGAAGCAGAGAAGUUUAUCGAGAGCAUACCGAGGAAUCAAAGAGGCGAAUCCAUCUACACAGCUCUACUAAACAGUUACACGGAAUCUGAUAAGAUGUAUAAAGCCGAAUCUACUUUCGAGAAGAUGAGGAAGCUAGGUUUGCUAUCGAAACCUUGUCCUUACAACUCGAUGAUUUCGCUUUACGAUUCUUUUGGAGAUAGAGAUAAGGUCGAUGAGAUUCUCCGAGAGAUGGAGGAGAACAAUGUUGAGCUCGAUAGCUUCACCGUGAACAAGGCUUUGCGAGUUUACGCUUCUGUAUCCGACAUUGAGAAAAUGGACAAGUUUCGGGCUGGUUUCGAAGCGAAUGCAAAUCUUGAGCUGUCUACAACACUUGACAUGGCUAAGGCUUAUCUAGGAAAAGGUUUCAAAGGAAAAGCGAGAGAGAUGCUUCGUAAAACAGAGAAAUUUUGGGAUUCUGAGUCUCAUGUGGAACUCAUGACGCUAUACGGUCGAGCAGGAGAGGUAGACGAUGUUUUACGCGUAUGGAAGAUGGCCAAGAUGACAAGAAAGCAGAACAAUAGAGGGUUUCGAGCUUUGAUUGGGUCUCUCUUGAACCUUGGUGAUAUCAACCAAGCAGAGGAGGUCUACUACAACGAGUGGGAAACCGCGGGUCUUGAGCUCGAUGGCCUUAUCCAGACAAUGUUGGCGUCUGGUUAUCGCGAAAAGGGAAUGGUGAACAAGGCAGAUCAACUUAUGUACAAGACACUGAGGAACAGACAAUUGGAUAUACCAAUCACUCCGAUGCUCGAAGAAUGGGGGAAACAAGGGAAUCAAGUAAAGCCGUCGGAUUUGAGAGACCUAAUCAAGAACCUCACUGAUUCAAAUCAGUUCUCUAAAGCACUCGAGGAUUAUGCAACUAGGCUUCAUCUGACUGAGAAGGUUUUGAGUUUGGAAGAAGCACAGAAGUUUUUCGAUAAAAGCAUGCCUGAUAAUAUGAAGGAUUACUCUGUCUACACUACACUCUUAACUCAAUCCAAAACCCUAGACAAAGCAGAGUCCAUUUUCGAGAAGAUGAGAGAGCUCGGUUUCCUCUUCAAACUUCCCCCAUUCAACAAGAUGAUAUCACUCUAUAGCGAGCUAGGAAAACGAAUCGAGAUCGAGAGUCUUCUAAAGGAGAUGAAGGAGAACAACAUAGAGCCCGAUAGCGUCACGAUGAACAACGUUUUGAGAGUCUACGCAUGUGUAUCAGCGAUAGAGUCAAUGGAGAAGUAUAAGAGUGAAUGGGAUGAUGAUGACUACAAGCUUGAAGUAAAAACGAUGGAUGCAAUGGCAGCGGCUUACGAAAGAGAAGGGUUAACUCUAAAGGCGAUAGAGAUAACACCGAGUAAAAAUGAAGUGUACCGUCUAUGGAAUGAGUACAAGAAAGACGACAAGGAAGGAAGCAGAGGAAGUAGUAGAGUCGUGUAG